CGGCGGCCUGAUUUGAAUUGUUUGUGUAUAAACCCGCUAAAAUGCGGCGAACGGAAAGUUGACCACGCGCGUCUUUCUUUGUCUCACUUAUUUAUAUCUUUGGUCCGCGGAUUGAAAAUUUUUAGUGGAAACUCGAAAAAUUUCCCGGUAUGGCGAGUUUACUGGAUCUGUGCGAGCAAUACUUCGGCGCCCGCAACUUUUACGACGUGCUGAAGAUACCGAAGACCGCGAACGACAAGCAAGUUAAGAAGGCUUACCACAAGCUAUCAUUGCUUGUGCAUCCGGAUAGGGUUGAGGAGAACAUCAAGGCGGAAGCGACAGAAAAAUUCAAGGUUCUCGGUAGAAUACAUUCCAUCCUCAGCGACCGCGAAAAGCGCAAAAUCUAUGAUGAAUCCGGCCAAUACGAUGAGGAAAGCGAAGAGGUGAUAAUGCGGAACUGGGCGGAUUAUUGGCGAUCCUUGUUUAAGGAAAUCACUGUGCAAGAUAUCAACAAUUAUGAGAAGAAUUACAAGGGAUCGGAAACAGAAAUCAAGGAUCUUAAAAGGGCUUACAUAGAUAGUAAAGGAGAUAUGGAUUAUAUUCUGGAAGCUGUUCCGUUUACAAAUUGUGAUGAAGAACCUAGACUGCACGCCAUAAUUGAAAGUUUAAUAGAAAAAGGUGAAGUUCCGGAAUAUACAGCUUUUACUAAUGAAAAUGAUAAGAAAAAGCAGCGCAGGAAAAGAAAGUGGGCCAAAGAGGCGGCGGAAGCUGAGCGCCUCGAGCAGAUGCUGAAGAUCGAGAACGAGGAAAACGGAGCCGCGAACAAUCUCGCGCUGUCGAUACAGAAUCGCAACAGGGCUCGCGCCGACCAGUCGGCAAGCUUCUUCGAUUCGUUAAUCGACAAGUACGCGAAGAAGACCGAGAAAGCGACGAAAAAGAAAGAUUCCCCUGCAAAGACUACAAAGAAAAUCAGGAAGAAGACGUAGAGACAUUACAACGACUAUAUGUUCGGGACGCACUGCCGCGCGUCCGCUUCCGCGUCACACUGAAAGUUUCAACCUCUCGUUAACAUUUUUAUAAAUAAUCGCAAAGCACAGACUUGCUGUAGAUUUCCACCAUGUGGACGGUUGUGUUUUAGUUUUUAUAUAUAUAUAUAUAGAUAUAUAAGUUCGCUAAGCUCGAAACGAAUUAUCGAAUGGACUAACUUGUAUGGUUUAAUUAUAUAAAUGUCAGUAAAUGCGUCAAUUAAUCGUCAGUAAAUGCAAAUUAAAUCGCUGUAUCGAAUUGAAACAUUGUCUCGUGGUGUAAGUGCACAACGGCGUAAAAAUUGUACACUUUAUAUAAAAACAAAUGCCGUACUUGAGUUUUAUGAUAAUACCCUCGAAAAAAAA